CGGGAGAGUCGCGCCGCUGCUCCGGCUUCCCUUCGGGCUUCGUUCGGCGUCCCUGCAGGCUCGCCUGGGCUUUUAUCAGCCAACCCCGCGGCUGCUGCGAUGCGCCUGAUCCAGAACAUGGGGACCAUCGCCGAGUAUCCCCAGGCAGAGCACGCCGGCAGCGGAGACGCCUGUGGGCGCCCUCGGCUCAUCAAGAUCGCCGUGGUGGGAGCCAGCGGGGUGGGCAAGACCGCCCUGGUAGUGAGAUUUCUCACAAAGCGAUUCAUUGGAGACUAUGAACGUAACGCAGGUAAUCUGUACAGCAGACAGAUUGAAAUUGAUGGAGAGAUGUUUGCAAUUCAGGUUCAAGAUACACCUGGUGUACAGAUGCACAGGCCCAGCCUGGAUUGUAACGAACAGCUGAGCAAGUGUCUUCGUUGGGCGGAUGCAGUCGUAAUCGUCUUUUCGAUCACCGACCAUAAAAGUUACGAACUCCUUGGCCAUUUCCACCAGCAUAUACGGCAGGUGCAUCCCGGAAAUAGAGUGCCUGUAGUGAUUGUGGCCAACAAAGCAGACUUGCUCCAUAUUAAAGAGGUGGAACCUCAGCAUGGACUUCAGCUGGCCAGCAUGCUGGGCUGCAAUUUCUACGAAGUCUCCGUCAGUGAGAACUACAAAGAGGUCUUCUGUGCCUUCCAGAGCUUAUGCAAAGAAGUCAGUAAGCAACAACCCACCGGCACCACAGAGAAGCGGAGAAGUUCUCUCAUCUCAAGGCCCAAGUCGCCCAACAUGCAAGACCUGAAGAGAAGGUUUAAGCAAGCUUUGUCGGCCAAAGUGAGAACCGUUACCUCUGUCUGAAAAGUUGGUCGACCUGGAUGGGAAAAGGGUCCAUUCUCGGCGAAGAGUCCAUUGGUUCCAAUUUGGGAACGUUUUGCUGGCCCCAAGGCAACCAAGCAAGAUCAAAGAGAAGAGAGAGAGAGAGAGAGAAAGUGUAUGUGUUCGGGUGAUACUGGACUUGGGAGUAUAGAGCAUUAUGCAAAGGAGAAACUCCGCCAAAACUUGAAUAAAGAAGGGACACAUCGCAUAUUUUCAUGCUGAAAGCAGGACAUUUUAAUGCAUUCAAAACAUUGCCAUAUUUUGUGAUGGAGGUUAGGAUAGCUUAGUAUUUGCUAUCCUGGUUACGUUAAUUGUAGAAGAUGAGGUGAAAUACUCAGAAUGCCAUCUUCUUUCAUUGGAAACAGAUAUCCUUAUGCUAUGAAUUAGGGCUGGUUUCUUUCAUAAAUCUCCCUACAGACUUUUGAUUAUUAUUUUUUAACUCCAGUUCAUGAGGUCCAACAGAGCAGGAACAGUCUUUGGUGUAAAAUUUUUGGGCAUUAUUAAGGGAUUAGAUUUGAUUGUGAUGAGACAUAAGCUGUGUUGCAAAUACUCAGUGUAAUUUUUUACAACUACAUAAUCUCAAGAUUUUAAGAUAUUCUGAAGACUGUUGGUCUUCUGAUGCCGUGUUGAAUUUCUUUCCAGAUAAAUCCAAAUUAACUGAUCUAAAUAUGGAUUGAAAGUCAUACUAUUUCAGUUCAUGUCACUUCUAGGUGUGGGAGCAAGUCCUUCAUAGCUAAGCAGUUAGUUAGAGGCAGAAGGGACAUUCCACUGUUAUAUCAGCCUGCUUUUUGUAAUUUAACAAUUACAAACGGGACAAGCCUCGUGCUGGACCACGAGGCUUGUCCCAUAAAGCAGAACAAGUUUAAAAUAAGACAUGCAUAAGUAUAACAUUGAUGCAGUUUAACAAAAAAGCAAUACCGUGCGUUCCCCUUACAUGGUAAUUUAUUUAUUUCAUGUUUCAGAAACAUUACCAGGCUACAAUUUCUUUCUUUUGUGUCAUCAUUAAAUUAAACAAUGUUUUCUCAAGAAUUGUUGUAUUUUUCUAACCAGUUGCUAGGCAAAGUACAUAGGGGAAAAAAAUCAGUUUGUGUUAGUAAGAUUUCUAUUGCCUGUGAAGCAAGGGGAAAAAAAUGUGAAGGUGUGAAACAAAUCAUACAGUGGCACAGGUCCACUGAUUUUUGAGAAUGCUACACACCCAUCAGCAACUCUCUUGCAAAUAUAAGAGUUCUCUACCACAACAGUUGUGUAGCUGUUGUACAAAGCUACCUGC